AUGGAGUCUCCGCCUCGCGCACGCACCGACGACGACGACGCCCCGCCCACGGACUGGCUGGGCGAGCUGCCGCCGGAGCUGCACCUCCGCAUCCUCGAGGGCGUCGACGACUUCUCCGACUGCGCCGCCUUCAGCCUCGCGUCGCCGCGCCUCGGCCUCCUCGCGCAACGCAGCGGCCUGGCGCGCUUCAAGGACCCUCUCUUCGCCGUGGCGAUGCGGCUGCUUCUCAUCGAGCGUUUGAUUGCCGGAUCGUUCGUCGGGUCGUCCAUCAUACGGCCGACGCUUUGCGAGGCCACCCUUCGCGCCUACGCCGCCGACCGCCGCGCCACCGCCGACCACUUCCCGUGGCUUGCGAAGGUGAGCCCGGCGCUUUGCCUCUCGACAACGGUCGAAGGCGCUGACGAGCAACGCGCCGAGGCGUGGGCGCUGCGACGCGGCGAAGAGCGGGGCGCUGAUCUGCGGGUGCGCUUCUUGAGGAGUGGCCUGGUGCGGCACUUCGAGGGCGGGCGAGGCGCGGAGCGGAUGGUGCGCUUGGAGUUUGCUCACGGCGCCGUGCUGCACUUCGAGGGCGAGCGAGGUGCCGAGCGGAUGGCGCGCGAGGAGUCUACCAACGGCAUUGUGCGGUACUACGAGGGCGAGCCAGGCGCGGAGUGGGUUGUGCGCGUGGUGCUUGCCGACGGCGUGGUGCAGCACUACGAGGGCGAGCGAGGUGCGGGGCGGUUUGUGCGCAGGGAGUUCGCCGACGGCACCAUGGAGCACUACGAGGGCGAGCUAGGCGCGGAGCGGCUGGUGCGGAAGGAGUCGCCCGACGGCACUGUGCGGUACUACGAGGGUGAGAAAGGCGCGGAGCGGGGCGUGCGCACGGUGUUUGCCAACGGCACUGUGCGGUACUACGAGGGCGAGCAAGGUGCGGAGCGGCUGGUGCGCAUGGAGUUUGCCGACGGCAUCGUGCAGUACUACGAGGGCGAGCGAGGUGCGGAGCGGCUGGUGCGGAAGGAGUCGCCCGACGGCGUUGUGCGGUACUACGAGGGCGAGCCAGGUGCGGAGCAGGUGGUGGGCGCCGAGGGCUAG